AACUCUCGCGAGAUUUCACCCCGAGAAGCUGUGACCCAGUUUAAUGGCCACCAGAUACCUGCGAUAGCAAACCGAGUCAGCCAACUCGACUACUUUACCGCAAAACUUGUUUUUCGUGGAUUUCACGUGAGUCGGGGAAAGACUUCUGCCCCCGUUCACGUAUUUUAAUGAUAGAACAAUGGCCAAUUUAAACGGAAGACCGAGCUAACGUUAGCAUCACGUCACAGCCGAGACUCCGGCAACAACAGGAUUCGAUAUUCGCAACAGAGUCAGUUUCACAAGGAAUAACGACACAAACAUCUACAAUGCGAUUGAAAACAUCUCUACUGAAGGAACCUAAACAUAGAGAAUUAGUGAGCUGCCUUGGCUGGGCCACAGCCGAUGAGUUGUACUCCUGCAGUGAAGACCACCAGAUCCUCAGGUGGAACCUUUUGACCAGCGAGACCAGUCUGGUGGUCAAAUUGCCAGAGGACUUCUACCCCAUUGACCUGCACUGGUUUCCGAAGACAGUUGGUGGCAAGAAGCAGACGUCGGCUGAGAGUUUUGUGCUAACCAGCACCGAUGGAAAGUUCCACCUCGUUUCCAAGUCGGGACGCAUUGAGAAGAGCAUUGAGGCUCACAAAGGAGCUGUUCUCGCAGGCAGAUGGAACCAUGAUGGAACUGCUCUCAUCACAGCUGGAGAAGAUGGGCAGAUCAAGAACUGGUCCAAAAGUGGCAUGCUACGCUCAACACUAGCAAACCAAGGCUCUCCGGUGUAUUCUGUGUCCUGGGGCCCGGAUUCGGAGAGGAUUCUCUAUACAUCAGGUCGACACCUGGUCAUCAAACCUCUGCAACCCAGCGCGAAAGUCAUCCAGUGGAAGGCGCACGACGGGGUCAUUCUCAAAGUGGACUGGAACUCCGUCAAUGACCUCAUACUUUCGGGAGGAGAGGACUGUAAAUACAAGGUGUGGGACAGCUUUGGCCGUGUGCUAUACUUCUCGCUGUCACACGACUACCCGGUCACCUCCUUGUCCUGGGCUCCAGAUGGAGAAGUGUUUGCCGUGGGCUCCUUCAACACUCUGCGACUAUGCGACAAAACCGGGUGGUCCUACGCUUUGGAGAAACCCAACACGGGCAGCGUGUUCAGCCUGGCUUGGUCUGCUGACGGCACGCAGGUGGCCGGGGCCUGCGGGAACGGCCAUGUCAUCUUUGCCAAUGUGGUGGAGCAGCACUGGGAGUGGAACAACUUUAUGAUCAGCCUCACCAAGAGGAAAACCAUGCAGGUAAGGAAUGUGAUGAACGAUGCGGUGGACGUGUUGGAGUUCAGAGAUCGAGUCAUCAAAGCCUCGCUGGCUUUCGGGCACCUGGUCGUCGCCACAUCCCUUCAGUGCUACAUCUACAACACGCGCAACUGGAACACUCCCCUCAUAUUUGACCUGAAGGAGGGAACGGUCAGCCUCAUUCUGCAAGCCGAGAGACAUGCUCUUCUGGUGGACGGGGCCGGCUUGUAUAUUUUCUCCUACGAAGGCCGACUCGUCUCCUCGCCUAAAUUUCCUGGUAUGAGAGCCGACACGCUCAAUGCUCAGUGCGUCUCGCUCAGCAACGACACCGUCGCCAUCCGUGACAAGAGUGAUGAAAAAGUCAUCCUUCUCUUUGACGCCUUGACCGGCAAACCUCUCGGUGACGGGAAGUCUCUGACUCAUAAGCUGGAAGUGGUGGAGAUAGCUCUGGACCAAUGCGGCCCAUCCACCGAGAGAAAAAUCGCUUUGAUCGACAAGAACCGCGACCUUUACCUCACUUCUGUGCGCUACCUCGGACGCGAGCCCAAAAUCUGCAAAAUCGGUAGCAUGAUCCACAGCAUGGCCUGGAACAACACGGCAAACGUCCUGUGCGGCGUCCAAGACAACCAGUUCACCGUUUGGUACUACCCCAAUGCUGUCUUCAUCGACAAGGAGCUGCUUCCCAAAACACUUUACACAAAAGAUGGCAGCGAGUUCAGCCACGCGCCGCACAUUCUCAGCUACGUGGACACCAAAGUGCGCUUGCGCCAACGCGACGGCUCCUUGCUUUACACCAGCGUGCCUCCAUACGCCGGGCUCCUACACGAAUUCAGCAGCUCGGCACGCUGGGAGGACGCCCUGCGCCUCUGCCGCUUUGCCAAGGAAGAGUCUUUGUGGGCUUGUCUGGCUGCCAUGGCGAUAGCCAACAGAGAGCUGACCACAGCGGAGAUGGCCUACGCUGCCAUUAGAGAGUUACCACGAGUGCAUUACAUCAACUUCAUCAAGCAGCAGCCGUCCAAGGAGUCAUCUUUGGCUCACCUGCUGCUGUUCAGCGGGCAGGUCCAGGAGGCCGAGGCCACUCUCUUGCAAGCGGGGCUCGUCUACCAAGCCAUCCAAGUCAACAUUGAUCUCUUCAACUGGGAGAGAGCGCUCGAGUUGGCAGUCAAGCACAAAACCCACGUAGACACCGUGCUGGCCUAUCGGGAGAAGUUCCUGCAGACAUUUGGCAGGAAGGAGACCAAUAAGAGGUUCCUGCAAUACGCUAAAGGGGUUGAAGUGGAUUGGGAGAAAAUCCAAGCCAAGAUUGAGAUGGAGUUGUCCAAAGAGAGGGAGAAAGCUGCAAACGCCUCCGUCAGGAGCGGCUUGGCCCAGCGGCGUUAAUGUCGAGAGAAAUCUUCUGAUUCCCUCCAAGGCUCGGGCUGUCCAGUAAAAACAAAAAAACUAUUCUCUCCGAAUGAUCCACCUAAUACAAGAUGGAUGAGAGACUGGCCACGGUUAGAGAAAAAACAAACUCUUGAGGUAUUUAGGGAUUAUCGGUCCCCAAAGUGGAUCAUAAUUGUCCCGUCUUAGGUUUCAUUGUACUCAUAAUACGGCCUUCCCACACGGGAACACACGACGGACAUUUGCACCUUUGCGCGUAGUCGUGACAUUUCCGCCUGCGGCAAAAUGCACCAUUGUGGCCUUCCUCAUCAUUUCAGACUCAUCGUUGAUCUUAAAUCUUCUUUUGUGAUGUGUUUAUAGGACAUGAUAGAUAUUUUUACAGGUUAUAGUCAAGAAGAAAAUGUAUUUAAAAAAAAAUCAUUGAACUAAA